UUUAUUAUACAGCUCUCUGGUUGUAGGCUACCACUUUAUAGAAAUGAGGCUUAAACCAAACAGAGUUGUUUUAUUUUUGUGUCUUGUGCUCCUUUGUAUUGGCCAAAUAUGUGGUAUAAGCCUUGACCUAGUGCAAAGAGAUGAGCUGCGUCAUGAGAAAAGGUCCAAGAAUAUUCAGACUGGGACCAUUACUUUCGGCACCGGCGAUAUUUCACUGGGUCGAAAUCCGGAAUAUGAGAGCCGAUAUGUUGGAGAAAGCACUACAGACGAUGGCUCCGAGAACAUUCAAGCUGACGAUCCACAUCCAGGCCAGUUGGGUGGACAAAGCAAGAUUGCUGACUUCAGGGUCUGGAGUCGUAUGCGACCAGAUUUAGUAUGUACUGAUGAUUUCAUGAAGUUCUCGGCCCAAGGCCCUGGGUGUUCUUCACUUCAGUUAUACAGAGGUGGCUUGCCUCUCUCACUAAGCCAGCUACCACAAGACUGUGGCUCCUCUGUGCAAAGGACUGCGGUGGGCCUCAUGUUUCUUGCCCCUUUUGGUGGCUGUGAUGUUAUAAAACAGGGAAAUAACCACUUGCUGCAGAUGUUGUGGCAUGGCAAUCCGGUAACCCUCUCCUGCCCUGUAUCAAGCUCAGAGCAAGUCUCUCCAGUUGUAUCUACUACUCUAGCUCCAGCUACACAAGCCCCUACUACAGCCGCCAAGCUUCCUCCUCAGAAUCAACAGCAGCAACAGUGGAUGCAGCCGUUCUUUGGAGGCUACUACCCAGUAAUGCCGGUGACUCCCCCUGAAACUACUGUUGCACCAACUACAGAAGCACCUUCCACAGCUGCCAAGCUUCCUCCACAGAAUCAACAGCAGCAACCGUGGAUGCAGCCCUUCUUUGGAGGCUACUACCCAGUAAUGCCAGUGACUCCCCCUGAAACUACUGUUGCACCAACUACAGAAGCACCAACUACAGAAGCACCUUCCACAGCUGCCAAGCUUCCUCCACAGAAUCAACAGCAGCAACCGUGGAUGCAGCCCUUCUUUGGAGGCUAUAAACCAGUAAUGCCAGUGAGUCCCCCUGAAACUACUGUUGCACCAACUACAGAAGCACCUUCCACAGCUGCCAAGCUUCCUCCACAGAAUCAACAGCAGCAACCGUGGAUGCAGCCCUUCUUUGGAGGCUACUACCCAGUAAUGCCAGUGACUCCCCCUGAAACUACUGCUACUACCCAGUAA